AUGGCUCCCGUACGCUUCAGGUAUGUUGAUAAUAUUCGCCUGGACCUAGUACAACAUGACAAACUUGAUGUCUUGAAAUCUGUCAUUGCCAAAUUUCUGAUCCUCAAACUAAUUUUUGGGAUGGAAAAGCACAAAAAAUGAGUUCAAGGACAGCUCGUAAUAAACUAUCUCCGAAAAUUUUAUUUUCUUUUUCUUUAUCUUUGACUAUUUUCAGUGCAUCUAGCCGCAGGAGUACCCAUAGAAAAUCCGCACAGAAGCAAUCCUUGCCUCGUCAGGACACAGAAGAUGCGCUAACCACAUGUGUAACCGGUAAAAUAUCAGAGUCAGGUUGUUUUUUCUUUGUUUGAAUAAAUUUUUAUCUAUCCUGCACUGUGCAUAAUUUUCUGUUACCUAUAAGUAUUUAUAAUUACCUAUAAGUGAAUUUCCCGGGCGCCGAAAAUAAAAAUUACCUAUAAGUGAUUUUGAGUUCCCUGUGAAAUUAAACUUUUCUAAAGUCCGGAUAAGAUCUCAACAGCAUGAUAAAGCUGUUUUUUGUAUUGUAUGGAGUAUUUCAUUGUUCAGCAAAAUACCACGACAUUUCUUUCAAGGUAUGUUCAAUUCUAAUAUUCUUACAUUUUUACAGAAUGAAGCAAGGAAGAACAUUUUAUUAACUAGGUUUGGGUUUAAUGAGAAUGGAACACUAUUUGUGGCACUUCGCAACUUCACCGUCCCCGAUGCUGUCAUUUCAAAUGACGAAAACACGAAAGCAGACCGAUUUGUAUGUUUAAAAUUUACCUAGUGUAGUUUUAAUGUUUCCUCUUUAGGGAAUUGUGGGUUUUACCAUCACAAAGGGAAGUCAGAUAGCCGAAAGUACCCGCCAGAAUCCACAUCUUUGUCAGUUGAAUCAGAAAGACCAGCAGCUAGACGCCAUCUUCUUAAUCUUUGACUUUGAAACGUCUGCACUGUCUAUCAUAAAGUCAGGAACUUUGAAGGGCAUGGACAUUUGUCCCACGGUGGCUGACUGUUUUUUUGAACCUAAUAACCGAACUGUAAGAAUCUGAGAAAAUUUACAUUUAUUACGAUUUUAGGUUCCCGAACCUGAAACAGUCGGGUUCUUCGACAAAAUAAUCUGGGGGAAGAAGGCACCUAGAGGUGAAGCGCUAAAAGAUUUCAUUCCCUUAAAUCAUGUGAAUGGACAUUAUUCUACACAGUUUGCCCUGCGAUUUGACAAGGAAAAUGCCGGCCUAUACCAUUUCAUCUAUCAUAAUUGCUUCUCGUACCGUCAUCAUGGAUUCAGUGACAAAGUUGCAGUUGAAUAUUCGAUGUUUAUUGAAGAGAAGAACCUAGGGUCACAUCUCUCUGCCGGGGACAUUCCAAAGCCCAAAUUUUAUUUGAUGAUCUCCUUCGUAUCCGCUUUGUUUUCAAUUUUAUGGAUUAAUGUUCUUUGCAAAGCCGAGUAAGUUUUGAUGACUUUUUAACUUUUCUUCUGCCUUAUUUUUUUAAAUAAUAUUUUUUAGGGCUGAUACUGUUUACAGAAUUCAUCAUUUGAUGUCCGCCCUCGUGGUUUUGAAGACGAUGUCGGUGUUUUGCCAUGGGAUGAACUUUUACUUCGUAUCUUUGUACGGGCAUCAAAGAGAAGCAUGGGCGAUCCUGUUCUACAUCACUCACUUGUAAGCCAAGGUUUACUGUUUGAACUCAUUUUUUAGAUUGAAAGGGGCUCUGUUAUUUGGGACUUUGAUUUUGAUUGGUACUGGGUACACGUUCUUCAAGUCAUUCCUUACUGAUCGGGACAGGAAUCUAUUUAUAGUUGUUCUGCCAUUACAAGUCAUAGACAACAUAGCGAUGGUGAUUCUGAAUGAAAGUGAAGUAGCUGAACAGCGUUACGUUUUUUGGUUUGAAUUGUUUACUCUCUUGGAUCUGGUCUGUUGUGCUGCCGUCUUGUUCCCCAUCUUGUGGUCUAUCAAUCAUUUACGGCAUGGCGCAACUACUGAUGGAAAAGCGUCCUUUAACCUCCAGAGGUUGAUUAUAUUCAGACGAUUUUAUGUCAUCGUUAUCAGUUAUAUUUAUGUAACGAGAUUGGGUGCAUUCUUUCUGGAGGUGAGGGUUUUAUGGAUUGUUUAUAUUGUUUAUUAUAGCAAGACCUGCCUUUUAAUGAGAAAUGGGUCGCCGAAGCUGUUACCGAGACGGUCACUUUGGUCUUCUUCUUUGUCGUUGGUAAUACUUUUAAACCGGUGAAACGAAAUCCUUAUCUGAAAUUAUCACAACAAGAUGAAGGAGAUGAAGAAGAUGGGAUGGCGUAAGUUUUGCGCAAUGUUAUGACCUUUUAUUUUUGUUUAACACAAAAUGGACUGUUCGAGAAUGUUGUCAAAUUGAGUCGGGUUACGGUAAAGGACGAGCUGAAUGCUGACGGAUCUUUUGAAGAGAUUUCGGAAGAUGAAGCCGUCACUGACUUCAGACGGGUUGGAUUGUCAUAG